CAAUCAGAGAGGAUGGCAUGCCAGGAGGCAGAAACAAAAGCAUCGGACCUGUCCAGAUAUCAGAGGAAGAGAUUGAGAGAAUUAUGUCUGGGCAAGAAUUUGAGGGAGAGGCAAACAUGUCAUGGAGCAACAACGGAGACAGUGACCAUAGUUCCCCUGGAAAUGGAGUUUCUGAGAGCAACCAGCCUUCACCCGUUUCUACUCCAUCUUCAAGGUCCGUGGAGCUGAAUGGAUUCGCUGCACUCAGGGAUCAGUAUAUCGGAACGCCGGUGUCCACGCACUAUCAGUACCUCCCGCACCUUUUUAGCUAUUCUGCUCACUCGGCUCUGAUGCCCCCCCAGCCGCGCAGCCUGGACCCCCAGUCGCACAGUCUCAUCAAUCAGCUGGUGUCAGCGGAGGACCUGGAGCCGCUCGGCACGCCGAUGCUCAUCGAGGACGGGUAUAAAGUGACUCAGGCAGAGCUGUUUGCGUUGUUGUGUCGUCUGGCGGAUGAAUUGCUUUUCAGGCAGAUUGCUUGGAUCAAGAAGCUGCCGUUCUUCUGCGAACUCUCCAUCAAGGACUAUACCUGCCUGCUCAGCUCUACGUGGCAGGAGCUGAUCCUGCUCUCCUCGCUCACUGUUUACAGCAAGCAGAUCUUUGGUGACCUCGCGGAUGUCACCUCCAAGUACUCUCCCUCUGACGACGAGCUGCACAGGUUCAGUGAAGAGGGGAUGGAGGUGAUGGAGCGGUUGAUCUACCUCUUUCGCAAAUUUAACCAGUUGAAGGUCAGCAACGAGGAGUACGCGUGUAUGAAAGCCAUUAACUUCCUAAACCAAGACAUCCGGGGUCUGACCAACGCGUCCCAGCUGGAGCAGCUGAACAAGCGGUACUGGUAUGUUUGCCAGGACUUCACGGAGUACAAAUACCCACACCAGCCAAACCGUUUUCCGGAUUUAAUGAUGUGUUUGCCAGAGAUACGAUAUAUUGCAGGAAAAAUGGUGACUGUCCCCCUGGAG